CUAAAACGAGCUUCUUCCUCUCUCCUUCCACGAGCUUCUUCUUUCGCCGCUGCUGCCGCCGGUUGCGUCGUGUCUCCUCAUCGCUCCCGGAGCCUCCCCCUCGUCCCCACGCGCUUUUCCUCCUCCUUUGGCCACCAUUGGCGUUUUUCUUCCACCUCUUCGCCACCGUGUCCAACAUCGUCAUCCAUGAGAUUCUCCUCGGAGCAACCACCAGGCUCCCCCGGCAACACUCCACAGCUAUAAAGAGAGACAGAGAUGGCAAGCUUUCUGUGAAGGAACUCCAAUCCUCUGAUUCCAUUGGAUGAAUAUUCGCUUGCUGUUAUUGAUUUUGUUUAUAUUUAAGGCCCAUGGUCUUGCUCCUGAAAUACCUGAAGAUCUAUACCACUUGAUCAAGAAGGCUGUCUCAAUCAGGAAGCACUUGGAGAGGAAUAGGAAGGACAAGGACUCCAAAUUCAAGUUGAUUUUGGUAGAGAGCAGGAUCCACCGCAUUACACGUUACUACAAGAAGUCCAAGAAGCUUCCACCCGUAUGGAAAUAGUUGAGAGGAUCAGUGUUAGUAAGAGAACAUGGUUGGCAGGGGUGGUUCGGGGACUGGCUCUGGGUGUGGCUCUGGCUCUGGCUCUGGCUCUGGGUCUGUGCAACCACAAUUCAUUGCGAGCACUGGCUCCAAUACGAAUACGCCCCUCAUUGACAACUCAGAUGUGGAUCAAGUUGUUGUGCCUGAUACCAGAAGCUGGAAAAAUCUAUUUUCUUACAAAGAAUUUAGAUCGGUGUUUUAAUCAUGAGAUUGUGCUUAUUUCUGAAGUGCUGGCACCUUUGUAGAGCAUACUCUUUCAGUAUAAUACCAUUGUUUAUAUUAAUGUAUAUCUGAGUUUGAUUUUUCAUUUGCUUAAUACUUACAAUAAUAUUUAUUCUUCAAUUUUUCUUUUUAUCUUUUUUAUUUCUCCCUGAGAUUGGAUAUCCAUUAUCAAACAUGACUAAUCUUUUUUCAAUUAUACUAUAUCUACACAAAAAAUUUGCUGUCAAGCCUAUCCUUCACUUCAUCAAAGUAGUAUAGUAUGGCUAAAAUGACAGUACUUGAAUCUUUUUUAUGCAGGAAAGAAUGACUCUACUGAAACUCCUAGCUGAGAAAAAGUAUCCUCUCAUGUAAUCUAAGGAAAUAUAUAAUUAGGAAGAAUUUAAUUUUUUUUUCCUUGAUUAAAAUUGGAAACAGUAAAAUAAUUGAAUAGACUAAAGCUAUCAAAUGUUUCUUUUCUUACACUUGUUAUUUAAUGGUUCUUGAAUUGUUGUAAUUUUUCAGCUACUCCUUCUCAAAGAAUCCACCAAAAACUAGACAAAAGGACAAAGGGGAGCCUCUAGAAGAAUUGUUUGAGAUAGAGGAUGGUAGUUUUGUGCCAGAGCAUCAUAUACUGAGUUUAGAAUGAAGUUUGUAAAUUUUAAGGUAUGGGGAGACCGAAGGAAGAUUUUUCUUCCUGAUUUAGGAUUUGUCCUUGUCUGAGCAGGUUGUGUAAUCUAUGCCUUUGUUGAAGACUUUUCGGGAUAAAGAUGACAAGGUUGACGAAUUGCUUACUUCACCAACUCCCAUGGUUGCUGGCAGUUUUGGUUGCCUUAGGAGAACUGUCUUAGAUGAGAGGCUAAAAUGCAAUGAGUACUCUACUACAGCAUUGACUGGAACCUUGCUUCACCAAAUUUUUCAGGUUGGGCUCACAGAAGACAAUCCAUCUAUUGACUUCUUGGAAGGUUACACAGAAGUGGUAUUACUUAGGAACAUUGAGAGUCUGUAUGCUUGUGGAGUAAAUGAAAGUGAUGUUCGGAAAACCUUGAUUGAUGCUGUCCCGAGAAUAUUGAGUUGGAUUUUACGGUUCACAAAUAAGGAGGAAAAUGAAGAUCCUAAUGUUUGUUUUGGAUUUCACAAUAGGCCUAACAAAGUUACCAUAUCUGAGGCAAGCUCUAAUCUAACCGAUUCGUUUUAUCCAUUAGACAUGCAUUGUAAGAGAACUACAAAUGGAACAUGUCACAGUUAUUGCACAAUGUUUUGGAUCUUAGAAGAAUUGAACAAGUCGUCAGGAGAAAGAGAAAACAUUGAAUGAAUCUUAGAAGAAUUUGAACAACUUUAACUCAGUUUGGCCUUAAUUUUAGACUAGGUUUAUGUUUAUAUUUAGGCAAUUCUGAUAGUGGUUAGCUACAAGAGCAGAUUGUUUUAUACACCUUUAGUGUAUGUAACGGUACAGAAUUUACAGAUUUUUUUUUCAAUGGUAUUUGUUUUGAAUUAUAGUUGAUGUAUCAAUUUGUUUGUGUUUUGAAUUA